AGUCCAAUUCUUUCUUAAAAUGGUUUGAACAGAGAAAGGGAGUCUUCCUUUUUUUUUUUCGAUCAAACACCCCCCUUCCCUAUAAAAAGGGGGGGCAAACUCGCGGCUGUCACUUCUCCGGCCUCUUCGCCUGUCUUUUUCAUCGCCGGAAUAUCAAGUCUUUUCCUGUGUCUCUGUGAAAUCACCAGAAUAGCAAGUGUUUUCCGGUCAUUCUCAUAGAAGCUUGUUGCUUUUAUUACUGGAAAGUUUCAGCUUCUCACGUGGAGGCACAGUCACUUAAAAGGAAGAAAUGAGAUAAUGGAUUUCUUAUCAUUUCCACCUAUCAAAUUUUCUGAGCACCGCCAGUCCGUCAACAAGCUUUACCCGUCCAUUCGGAAGCCCCGACCCUUUUCCGGCAAGGGUAACGAACCAGAUAACUCCUCGCCGAAACUCGUGAGAGUCUCAGUCACUGACGCGGACGCCACAGAUUCCUCAAGCGAUGAAGAGGACAACUCUUCCUCCUGCUCCUAUUCCACUGGCUUUAGCAGGCAACGCGUGAAGCGCUAUGUCCACGAGAUCAAUAUACAGCUGUGUUCUAGAGAAGGAGCCGGCUCUGCCGACGUCAAAACUCGCCGGAGAACGGCACGGAAGAGUGGCUUUCCGGCGAUCCAGAGGCGGAGCGUUGGUAAGAAAUUUCGGGGAGUGAGGCAGAGACCUUGGGGCAAGUGGGCUGCCGAGAUACGCGACCCGGCUCGGCGCGUGCGCCUCUGGCUCGGCACAUACGACACCGCCGAGGAAGCUGCCAAAGUGUACGACAACGCCGCUAUCCAACUACGCGGGCCCGGUGCUCCGACCAACUUCUCGCCGCCGCCGGCUGAUAUUCCGGCCACAAACUCUCCGGAAACUCACGAUUUGCCUGCCAAAAAUGCGCCGGAAUAUACCGCCUCGAGCUACGACUCCGGCGAGGAGACCCCAAACCUGUCAUCUCCAACUUCGGUGCUCAGAUACGGUAUGGAUGCAUCUGAGCCGUUGAAGCUGGUGGAAGGUGGGUUUCCAGAGCCUUCCCCAUUUUCUCCGGAAAAGCUUCCAUUUUUCCCUGAUGACCUGGAGUUCUCGCCGGAAUAUUUGCCGGAUUUAUGGCCAGAAGACUUCGAAGAGUUCCUGGUGGACGAUUUUUUGGCGGAUUUUGGGGACAGAAGGGUUUUGGAGCGGUCGCCGAUUUGGUCCGAUUUGGAAGACGAGAAGUUGGAAGUGGCCGACUUUUUCUACGACGCUGACCUUUCUUCAACUGCCAUUUCGCCCGUUUAAUUAAGAGCGCGAUGUAACGCUCCCUCGGGAGCAUACUAUACAUUUAUUUCCCUUUCUUUUUUACCUUGGGCGCUGGCCUACUGCUGACUGGAUUAAGCGGCAGAAUUUUGUGGCGUCCCAACCAAUAGAUGGAGAGAAGUGAGACAAGGUUUUUUUAUUUUUUAUUUUUUUACCCUUUUUUGUUGGAAUUGAAUUUUUUUUUUUUUUCUUUUUUCCUCCGCACGCUAAAGGCGUGUUGAGUUUGAAAAGUUGGAAUUCUUAACUUGUAUCUACAUUUUGG